AUGCACAAGCGGCAGCGCACCGAUGGCCGCGCGCAGCGGCACGAGCAGCGAUGGAAUCCGUUCGAGCGAGACCCCUUCGAGCGAGCAGCGGCGGAGCCUCGUGCUGCGCAAUCAGGCCCUGCACCUUGGGGCACGCGCUUUGCCUCGCUUUCGGAAGAGCUGCGUGCCUUUGCUGCGUACGUGGCGCUGGACGCCGAGGAGGAGGCGGCGCGCGAGCAGCUCGUGGCGCUGGUACGCGAGGUCGUGGCAGAGGAGUGCGCCGGCGCUCGGGUCGAGGCUUUUGGCUCGUGGCCGGCGGGCCUGUCGGCUUUCGACGGUGACGUGGACCUGCGGGUCGUGGGCGGCACAGCACCGAGGCGAGGCUCCCGAGGCGAGGCUCUGCUGCAGCGGCUUGGCGAUGCGCUGCGGCCGAGGGUGCGCAGCGUCCGGGUGAUCACCUCGGCACGCGUGCCCAUCGUGAGCCUCGAGUCGCACAGCAGCGUCCAGGCGGACGUGAGUCUCGGCAGCGACGACGGCGCGACGGCGGUGCUCACCGGCCUGGCGCGCGCUCAGCCCGCUUUCGUGCCCGUCGUUCUCGCGCUCAAGCUGCUACUGUCGCAGCACGCGCUCAACAAGGUGUACACGGGCGGCGUCUCCUCGUUCCGUCUAUGCGUGAUGGUUGCGCGGCUGUUCGAGGAGCGCGCCCGCUCAGAGGUGGUGGAGCCCAGCGACUUGCUGCUGCGAGCUCUCCGGCUGUACGGAUGCCAAAUGGAUUGGACCGCCACCGACACCUUGCCGAAUGGCGCGGGGCUGAGGGAGGUCAUUGAUGCGAGUGGUUUGCGGGCGCGGCGCGAGGCCAGCCGGGCGAGCUUAGCGGGAUCAGCCCCAGCCGCCGCUGACCGCGGCGGCGGCGGCUGGAAGGCGCAGGGCGACGAGGCGAUGGGAUCGCAGCGCUUCGAGCUCGCCUUUGGCAGCUACACAGCUGCAAUGGCGGAGCCGUGCCUACACGGCCCGUCCGUCGCCGGCGACGAGCGGCAGCGGCUCGCGGUGCUGCUGAGCAACCGCUCAGCGGCGGCGCUCGGCCUCUCAUGCCCCGCGCAAGCGGAGGAGGACGCGCGGCGAUCGGCGAGCCUCCAACCAGGCUGGGGCAGGCCGUGGGCGCGGCUCGGCGCUGCCCUCGAGCUCCAGCAGAGAUACGGCGAGGCGGCCGACGCGCUCAAGCGGGCGCUUGAGUGCGAGCCAUCCAACGAGCGGUGGCAGGCGGAUUACAGGUCGCUGCACGCGCGCGAGACGAGUGACGACACUCGUGACUGCAGCAGUAGCAGCAGCGGUGGUCGAGAGGAGCACAAGGCGCGCGGGAACGAGGCGUUUCGAGCGCGGCGCUCCGCCGAGGCGGCGGGAUGGUACACGCGUGCCAUCGAGGCCGACGGCGACGCGUCCUCGGCGGGAGAGGCGAGCAGCAACGGAGCAGAGGUCGCUGUGCUUCGGAGCAACAGAAGUGCCGCGUUCAUGAAGCUCGGCGCCAAUUCCGAGGCGCUCGCCGAGGCGCGGCGGUGCGUGAAGCUCGACGCGAGCUUCGUCAAGGGCUACUUGCGCUUGGGAGAGGCGCUGGGGGCGAUGGGGCGAUGGGGAGACGCCAUCGAUGCGCUAGAGGAGGGGCUGGCCCUGGAGCCGGCCCAUGCGGCGCUGCAGAGCGCGUUGGCCCAGGCGGCGAGCCACAGUAGCUGA